CCCCCACCUUCCCCCCCGCCACCCCCCCCCCCCCCCCCCACCCACCCCCCCCCCCCCCCCCCCCCCCCCCCCCCCCCCCCCCCCCCCCCCCCCCCCCCACCCCCCCCCCCCCCCCCCCCCCCCCCCCCCCCCCCCCCCCCCCCCCCCCCCCACCCCCCCCCCCCCCCCCCCCCCCCCCCCCCCCCCCCCCCCCCCCCCCAUCCCCCCCCCCCCCCCCCCCCCCCCCCCCCCCCCCCCCCCCCCCCCCCCCCCCCCCCCCCCCCCCCCCCCCCCCCCCCCCCCCCCCCCCCCCCCCCCCCCCCCCCCCCCCCCCCCCCCCCCCCCCCCCCCCCCCCCCCCCCCCCCCCCCCCCCCCCCCCCCCCCCCCCCCCCCCCCCCCCCCCCCCCCCCCCCCCCCCCCCCCCCCCCCCCCCCCCCCCCCCCCCCCCCCCCCCCCCCCCCCCCCCCCCCCCCCCCCCCCCCCCCCCCCCCCCCCCCCCCCCCCCCCCCCCCCCCCCCCCCCCCCCCCCCCCCCCCCCCCCCCCCCCCCCCCCCCCCCCCCCCCCCCCCCCCCCCCCCCCCCCCCCCCCCCCCCCCCCCCCCCCCCCCCCCCCCCCCCCCCCCCCCCCCCCCCCCCCCCCCCCCCCCCCCCCCCCCCCCCCCCCCCCCCCCCCCCCCCCCCCCCCCCCCCCCCCCCCCCCCCCCCCCCCCCCCCCCCCCCCCCCCCCCCCCCCCCCCCCCCCCCCCCCCCCCCCCCCCCCCCCCCCCCCCCCCCCCCCCCCCCCCCCCCCCCCCCCCCCCCCCCCCCCCCCCCCCCCCCCCCCCCCCCCCCCCCCCCCCCCCCCCCCCCCCCCCCCCCCCCCCCCCCCCCCCCCCCCCCCCCCCCCCCCCCCCCCCCCCCCCCCCCCCCCCCCCCCCCCCCCCCCCCCCCCCCCCCCCCCCCCCCCCCCCCCCCCCCCCCCCCCCCCCCCCCCCCCCCCCCCCCCCCCCCCCCCCCCCCCCCCCCCCCCCCCCCCCCCCCCCCCCCCCCCCCCCCCCCCCCCCCCCCCCCCCCCCCCCCCCCCCCCCCCCCCCCCCCCCCCCCCCCCCCCCCCCCCCCCCCCCCCCCCCCCCCCCCCCCCCCCCCCCCCCCCCCCCCCCCCCCCCCCCCCCCCCCCCCCCCCCCCCCCCCCCCCCCAGGACUGCCUAGGUACAGAAAGUGCCCUGUUAUCAGGACUGCCUAGGCACAGGAAGUGCACUGUUAUCAGGACUGCCUAG